GAAAAUAUUUUUUCAAAGAUUCAAGAAAAAAGAUACAAUUUUUAUGUGUUUUUAUUAAUUUUUUUGUAACAAUUUGUAUGUGGGGUUUUUGUUUAUGUAGUGUUGAAGGAGAAUCUUGAGGGUUUUAGUUUUUGUUGUUAAGUUAAAAGAAUUCAAUUUCAUGUCAUUGUUGUGUUUUUUGAAAAUUCUUUAAGGUGUUGAUUCAAUGGGGAAUGUAGAUUGUUGUGUUUGUUUUGUCUUGCCUUUUUUUUUUUGUUGUUGUUGUAAUUGCAUAGCUCCUCCUUUUCUGCAUAUUUAUAGUUUUGGUUUGCUGGUUGUGUUUAUGUUUCUUUUCUUUUUUGUUUUCGAAAUGCUUUGUCAUGCUUUCUUAGUAUUUUGUGACAAUUUUGUUAUUUCUUAUAUCGAUAUGCUUUUACUUGAGCUGAGGUUGUAUCGGAAAUAAUCUCUGGACCUCCUGAGGUAGGAUAAGGUGUGUGUAUACUCUAGCCUUCCGAGACCCCACUUGUGUGUUUACAUUGGCUAUGUUGUUGGUUUGCUAUUUGAUGGAGGAUUUAAUGGAUGUUUCUCUUUUGCUCUAUUUGACUCAUGUUUUAGCUUUGAAAGAAAAAAUAGGCUCAUUGUUCGAGUUCUAUAUUAUGAGAAAAAAGAAGAGUCUCAAAUGUCACAAGCUAUUAUAUGUGUUUCCAGCUAUUGAUUUUCUUGGCAAAACUUCAAAUCCUAAAAGUAAAAUUUUACACUUUUGUUUGGUUUUGGUCUUCUGAAUAAAAUUCUUGAUUUUCUGUUCUCAAGGAAUUUUUGAUUGAUGGAAGAAAAUGUAAUUUCUGAUUUUCAUGCUCUGUAAAACUUUUUGUAGAAACUAGGUAAUAAGAUGGUGGCAGAAACAUGGGAGAAAGACCUGUUGUAUUAGAUUAUGUUGUGAAGGUGUCAAAAAGAAAAUCAUAGGGUAACCUAGUAGUUAAGUUCAUCAUGUCGAGGCAAGCUCAUCUUCCACCUCGUUGCCCAUUUCAGAAGAAACCGUUAACUUGCCCGGUUCAAGACCCUUUUAGCCCACCAUCACACCAACAUAACUUGUUGCCUCCUCGACAUCAAAAAUCUAUUUCCCAAAGCUCCAUCUUAGAAGAGCAGCCUGCAUGGCUUGAUGAGCUGCUGAGUGAUUCAGGCUCAAAUUCUAGUGGCAUAAUGCAUAGGAGAUCAGCUAGUGAUUCUUUGACAAUUUUGGAUGGUCUUGUUUCAUUUGAAGGCUUUGAUAAGUUUGAUGAAACUGAAUCCAAUGCAUCUUGUGAAUCGGAUAGUAGUUCAAAGAAUAAUUGUAUCUAUGGUCCUAAUUCGCCUCGUGGAAAGAGCAAUAUAACCUUUGCAGAGAAUGCUAUAGUUUCAGCAUUAUCAGAAUAUGUGUCUCCAAACCCUUUACAAUAUUUAGAUAGGUGCGUUUCUGUGUCUGGAGCUGCACAAUCGGAGUUAGUGGGAAAUGCUUCUGGUGCAGCUGAUGAUGUCAGUGCUGAUGCAAAGCCAAUGAAACGGCAUCCUGGACAGAGGUCGAGAGUUCGUAAACUCCAAUAUAUAGCUGAACUAGAGAGAACUGUCAACACAUAUGAGGCUAUAGAGUCAGAUUUAACUGCCAAAGUUGCUUCUCUGCUUCAGCAACGUGUUACUUUAUUAAUGGAGAAUAGAGAGCUAAAGCAACAGAUGCUCAGACUUCAGCAAGAAAAAGUCAUUGUUGAUGCUCAAUACAGGUCAUUAAGGAAAGAAUUGGAAAGACUGAAACGUUUAGCACAUUCUCGCAAUGGUGGUAAGCUGAGCACCAACUUCAGGCUGAGUUCUGCUGUUGAGAUGACCGGUUCAGAUGCAGCUUGGCAGAUGCUGGACUUUGGAAAACUGGAUCUCAACUAGAAGGAAGUCGAUCUCGUUGGACACCUUUUCUUCAUGAUAUAUAUCCUGCAGGAGCCCGCGUCAACCUUUUAUCUAAUAAAAGUAUCUGCCUUCUGGAAGUUGGGGUUUGUUGCACGUAUACGCUCUUGAAUUACUACGAUUAUUCGAGCAGUAGAAACGUAGGUGAAACUCCUUCAGACUCGGCUUGUAAAUCCUCUUUAGAAUGUAGUUUGUUCCAAAUGAGAACUUUUAGGAUUAAGACAUUAACUGCUUAAAAAUUUGAUAACUUGACGGUAUUAACAAAAAGAGCAGUUCAGUGCA